UACUUGUAACGACGAGUAGUGACAGCGAUGAGCUGUAGGGAUACGGGUGUGUGACAACUGUUGACGUCCCCAUGUCCGGAUAGUUCGCGAUAGUCACUUAUGAACACUUACUAUUAUUUAUUUGUUUUGUAAAAGUAUCGUCUGAAUCGACUAACACUAGAGUACAAUAUGAUCAUCGACGAGUCAGCCGCCGUCCCUAUGGACGAGCUACUCUCAGCUAAUCCGGAUGGUUUAAAUAAUCCGUUGUCUGUUGACAGAAAAAGCUCAUCGGUCAAAAUAAACAUGAUGUCAAGCCAGACGAAGACGUUGAGCCACCUGCCCAAAAGGCCGCCAGUGGAUAUUGCGUUCGCUGAUUUAGUUUACACCGUGUCCGAGGGCACCACUAACAGUACAAAAAAUAUAUUAAAAUCAGUCAGCGGUCGUUUGAAAUCCGGCGAACUGACGGCCAUCAUGGGCCCGUCGGGUGCUGGAAAAUCAACUUUGCUAAACAUUCUCACCGGAUACAAGUGUUCAGGAAUUAAAGGAUCUAUAACCAUAAAUGGUUACGAAAGAAAUUUAAGUAGAUUCAGAAAAUUGUCAUGCUACAUUAUGCAGGACAAUCAACUUCAUGCUAAUUUGUCUGUUGAUGAGGCAAUGCACGUAGCAUCAUCUUUAAAGUUAGGAUCAGAUAUAACUAAAGAUGGCAGACACCAAGUGAUCCAAGAAAUUUUAGAAACUUUAGGAUUACACGAACACAGGAGAACAAUGACUAGUAAUUUAUCCGGAGGACAAAAAAAACGUUUAUCAAUUGCUCUUGAAUUGGUGAACAAUCCUCCGAUUAUGUUUUUUGACGAACCUACUAGUGGCUUAGACAGUAGUUCUUGUUUCCAAUGUAUAUCACUUUUGAAAUCCUUAAGUCGAGGAGGUCGUACAAUUAUUUGCACUAUUCAUCAACCUAGUGCUCGUCUGUUUGAAAUGUUUGAUCAUUUGUAUACCUUAGCAGAUGGACAGUGUGUUUAUCAAGGUUCCACAAAACAACUUGUACCUUUCCUCGGCACACUCGGUUUAGAAUGCCCUAGUUAUCACAACCCAGCAUCGUAUUUAAUUGAAGUAUCUUGUGGUGAGUAUGGAGAUAAUGUGCAAAAAUUAGUUAAUGCUAUUCAAAAUGGCAAAUGUGAUAUUCAACCAGGCAAACCAUUCCCAAAUAAUGAAAUUUUGAACAAUUCCAAUCAAAAAGAAAUAAUUAAAUCUAAUAACUUAUCAUCAAACAUUGUUGAAAGUGAUAAAUUAUCUAAGCCUAUUGAGUCAGAUGAUAUUCCUACAAUUGACAAUGUUGCCAUUCGUUUAGAAAUGGUUGAAGAAGAAAAAUCAAAUGAUGCCGAUAAACCAACUGACAACUUGCUAAAAAAUGGAUUGCCAAGCAAUCAAAAACGCUAUGCAACGUCUGAAUUUUUACAAUUUUGGAUUGUUCUUAAGAGAACUCUUUUAUUCAGUAGAAGAGAUUGGACUCUCAUGUACUUGCGUUUAUUUGCUCAUAUUUUAGUUGGAUUUUUAAUUGGAUCAUUGUAUUAUGAUAUUGGUAAUGAUGGAGCUAAAGUACUAAGCAACCUUGGAUUUUUGUUUUUCAAUAUGUUAUUUUUAAUGUACACAUCAAUGACAAUUACUAUUCUAUCUUUUCCUUUAGAAUUACCCGUUUUAAUCAAGGAAAACUUUAAUAGGUGGUAUUCUUUGAAGUCCUACUACAUGGCUAUUACACUAUCUGAUAUACCAUUUCAGACUAUAUUUUGUGUCAUGUAUGUGAGUAUUGUGUAUUACAUGACAUCACAACCCCCUGAAAUGAUUAGAUUUGCUAUGUUUUUGUCAGCAUGUUUACUUAUUUCAUUUGUUGCACAAAGUGUUGGUCUUGUAGUAGGUGCAGCAAUGAAUGUACAAAAUGGUGUAUUUUUGGCACCAGUUAUGUCUGUGCCUUUCUUACUUUUCUCUGGUUUCUUCGUCAGCUUUGAUGCUAUACCAAUUUAUCUAAGGUGGAUCACUUAUUUAAGUUAUAUUCGCUAUGGUUUUGAAGGUACAGCUAUAGCCACUUAUGGCAAUGAUAGAGAUAUACUUGAUUGUCAUCAGGAGCAUUGUAGCUUCAAGAAACCAAAAACAACUCUAAGAGAAUUGGACAUGCUUGAUGCAAGCUUCUCAUUGGAUAUUAUUGCUUUAAUUAUUAUUUUCUUUGUUUUACGUAUAUCAGCUUUCUUGUUCCUUCGUUGGAAACUCAAGUCUUCACGUUAAUAUAUUAAAAUUACAAAAUUUAAGCUCUCUGGAAUAUGUUUAUAUGAAUCUAAAUUAGGUGUUUUUAAUUAAAUUGCCUAGUUUUUUCAUAAGUAUAUAAAAUGUAGUAUAUAUCUGUACCAAUCACUUAUGGUUAUGGUUUUCAAGGAUUUUUUUCUACAAUAUUAAAUCUUAGUAGAAUUUUAUAUACCUUAUAUUGAAUAUUUAAUAUUAAUUUUUGUGAUUUAAACAUUCAUGUAAUAUUUAUUCUGUAUUACAUAAGACCAAAAAGUGUUUUUGAUAUAAACUUUUAAGUAUAAAGUAAUAUUGUAAAAUUGAAAACAGAUAAUUACAAUUUUUAAUUCUUUA